GUGUCAAGGCCUUUGUGGCUCUUUUUAAGGCUUAGUCUGGGUUAGAGUUCAGGACUCAAAUUGACCAAGGUCAGGCCCAGGUCAGAGUUCAGCCUGGAGCCAAAGCUGAGUGCUUAGCCUACUCUCAGCCUUAGUGCUUGGUCUGGGGUCAGGAUCACAGUUCAUGUGGCUAAAUUCCAGUGGGUACCUGGGUCCCUGCAUUUCCCAAGAGCACAAGCACUCACGGGAAAAUGAAGUGAUUACCCUGGAAGUCCCAGGAACUUGGCCUAUGAGUGACCCAGGAAACUGCAUGGUCCAAAUCCCUCCCUGCCGCAGGGGUCACCCAGCAAUGAUGGAUGACAUUAGAACCCAGGUCUCCUGCCUCAAAGCCUAGCACUCUUAUCAUCAUCCCCAAAGGCUGUUUUGCAUCUGAGAUCCUUCAAUUCUAAAAAGCAAAGCAAAUUCUGAAUUCUGGAUGGUCCCAACUGGGUGAUGUGACUGCAUUUUCCUGCCUCCCAGUGCCAGGCACAUAGUAGGAGCUCUAGGAACGUCUACUGCAUGUCAGGUGCAGAGGGAGGGGCCAGUGGCUUGUUCUGGUUUGGGUUUCAGGCUGGAGAGGCAGGCUUGGGAGAAAAGAUCUCCAGCCACUGUUGGAGGAAGUGGUGCCCUUCUAGACUUGCCACCCUCCCCCUCUCCUCCAGUGCCUGCAGUCACAUUCAGAGGCCACCCAGCUGGCCAUCUGAGAGCUCUUUCCUUUCAGGGUAGUAAAAGGAAAGGACAUUUUUGGUAGAAAAGUCCCUCCUGCUCCCUGGGAAUCCCCGGUGGCCGGAUGGACUACGGGAUAUCCCAGAGGAAGCCAAGGGUGGGGGCUCCCCCCCUCUACCCUCAGCACAAUGCCGGCAGGCUCUCCCACGCUGUACCAACUGGCCCGUGAGUUCCCCAGAGAUUAUUUCACCCAGGCCCCUGCCUCCUGCAGGAGCCUCUGCCAACUCUAAUAGUCCGCAGCAAGUCUGAGGAGCACCUGUUUGGAGCCUAGGCCCAGCCCUCUCUGAGACACAAUGAAAGUGGAGAAGAAAGAAAAAAGGUGGGAGGGCUGUGGAAAGCUUGGCAGGGGGAACCAGCGGAGCUAGCAAUAGGGCAGGAUACCGGAUUGAAGGGAAGAGGAGGAUUUAGAUUCCAAGCUGAGAACUCCAGGCCAAAAGUCAAGAGGUAAGAGGCAGGAUGUGGCGGAAAUCAAGUCCAUUUGGUAAGGACCUGACGACCAUGCUCCCCUCUGCCCUUGGCCCUGGCAGGGAAUCCGCAGGUCCUGCCCUUGGACCCUUGGCCCAUCCCGGCCAUGGCGCUGUGCCUGAAGCAGGUGUUCUCCAAGGACAAGACGUUCAGGCCGCGGAAGCGCUUUGAGCCGGGCACGCAGCGCUUUGAGCUGUAUAAGAAGGCGCAGGCGUCGCUCAAGUCUGGCCUGGACCUGCGCAGCGUGGUGAGGCUGCCGCCCGGCGAGAACAUAGAUGACUGGAUCGCCGUGCACGUGGUGGACUUCUUCAACCGCAUAAACCUCAUCUACGGCACCAUGGCCGAGCGCUGCAACGAGACCAGCUGCCCGGUCAUGGCCGGUGGGCCUCGCUACGAGUACCGCUGGCAGGACGAGCGCCAGUACCGGCGGCCGGCCAAGCUCUCGGCGCCGCGCUACAUGGCGCUGCUCAUGGACUGGAUCGAAGGCCUCAUCAACGACGAGGAUGUCUUUCCCACGCGCGUAGGAGUUCCCUUCCCCAAGAACUUCCAGCAGGUCUGCACCAAGAUCCUGACCCGUCUCUUCCGCGUCUUUGUACAUGUCUACAUCCACCACUUUGACAGCAUCCUCAGCAUGGGGGCCGAGGCGCAUGUCAAUACCUGCUACAAGCACUUCUAUUACUUCAUCCGCGAGUUCAGCCUGGUAGACCAGCGGGAGCUGGAGCCACUGAGGGAGAUGACAGAGCGGAUUUGUCACUGAGCCCAGACCUGGACCUUGUUGACUGUCAGAUGGACCACCUGAACACAGAGUGUCCCAGGGAGGGGACCAUCAGAAGUCUGGUGGCAGAGGGACCUGAAGGCCCUGGAGCCCCUCCACACACCCAAAGCCCCGGAACUUCUGGUUCUCAGGAAUCUGCCCACAUGUCCUCCUGACUGCUUGGGAGUGGAGAAGGGAAGAGCUUAAAGGCGGGCAGACAGGAGGAAAGGAAGAGCUAACCCCCCAGCAUGAAGUCUAGAGGGUUUCUGCUCUGACACUUGACCCUUCCACGGUGCUUCCCAAGCCUAUUUUGGGAGUGUGGAUGUGGCUGAAGUGAUGGCAAGAAAGGUGCAAGAGCAUGAGCAGCUGGUCUGUGAGUGGACACAGAUGAGAUGUAUGUAUCUGUGUGUAUGUGUGUGAUAUUGACUAUGGGGUGUGUCUGUGAGAGCAAGUUGCCUUAGACCCUUCCUGGCACAUGGGCCCUCCAUAAGUGUUAGGUAAAUGGAUGGAUGGAUGGAUGGAUGAAAGGAAGUAGGGACUAGGGCCUUCAGACCAUGACCACUUAGGAAUGAUGACAAGUCAGUUACCCCAUUUGGUGUGCCUGGCCUUGUGUGUUAAGUGCACAAACUGUGGUUGUAGAUGUAGCUCCAUAUUUGAACCUUCCAAGCCACCAUCUUCCAUCAGCAUGAGUUCUGGGGAGCUGGUGGGAGGUAGGAAGGGGAGCCCUAUCCUGAGUACUUAAAAUCCUGGCCCACCAUAGACACAGGUUCGGAUUUGCUCAGCCAGAGAUGCUCAUGCGCUGUCAUUUCCCUCAUCCCUCUGCCUCCAGGAAGGCCUGGUUAAAGACAGCCUCCUAGGCAUCAGGGAUGAUCCCUCAUGUCCACAAAGGUCCUCUGUCCUUAAAUCAGGAAUCAUACACUCCAGUCUAGCUCCCUGAAUCUCCAGAUGUGAUUGUGAGGAUCUGAAACCCAGUAGAAGAUAAUCCUCCAAUUCACAGAGCUAAUGAACUUGAACUGGGAAACUCCAGAGCUUUAUCUCCCAUCUGGGAUAUUGAGGACCACAGAGCUGUGAACAGACUCUUCCAGGCUUGGAGAGCCCCCAUCCUGCAAGUACCUGCCUCCUUCCUCCUUCCCAACCAUCCCUGAGACAUUCCAGCUGGUUAGAUCUCAGAGCAUAGCUAUCCACAGAGAAACUGGCAUGGUCGUUCAGCACUUAUGUCUCAGCACCUCCAUGUCCAGCCCUGCAAGUGAGAAAAUUGAGACAGGGACAGGGCCCUCCUGUCCUGGAGAUGGUGGGCUGGGGGGCCAGGAUGGAGAACCAGAAGGAAUCUGAGGAUCAUCCAGUCUCACUUACAGGAACAUCCGUGGACACAGGAGGAAACUGAAACCAGAAGAGAGGUGGGAGAAAUUGUCCAAGGCCUUCCAGCAAAGCUUUUGUGGAGCUGGAGUAGAAACCAGGGGUUCUGACUUUCACCCCAGGCCUGUGGAUUGCCACACAGGGAGAUGAGAGGCACUCCAAAGGAGUGUUUGACAGCUCUCUCCAGAACACAGCUGUUUUUUGCUUUGAGGAAGGAUUUCUAGCCUGAUGCCAGAGUACCCCACCACUGCUGUGGUCUGCUGGGGUUGUCUCCUGAGCCAAGCCUCCAAAAUCAUGCCCCUCUCCAUGGCCCUGCAGCUGCCAGAUCUCUGGGGAAACAGAUGGGGCUCCUGGGGCCAGCCAGCUGAACCUGGGACAGCUGCCUCCAGAGAAAUUCCCAAGGGAAACACUGGCUCAGCAGCUUCGCCAGAAAUUCUGGCGUGGGGUUGGGGGUCUGUGGGGAAGUCAGAGUCUCCCAAAGAGGAUUGUAUAUUGGGUGUUGGAGUCUAGGCUACUACCAGUGCUGAUUAUGAAAGGUGGGGGGAGUGGAAUGGGGGCAAUCUAUUUUUUGUGAAACAGAGGGAAAUUUUAUCUUUGUUAUUUUUGGUAAAAUAAAGGAGGCAAACUAAA